AUGUGGUAUCUACAAGUAGCCGAGUUAUUGGUAUGUGCUGUGGUGGUCUACUUUGCCAUUAUGAUGCUCUCCUUUGCCAUCGUGGUGAGCAAACGAACUCGUGGAAGGCAUCACCGAGUUCUUGAAGAGGGCUGUGUUAUGGGUGGACGCAAAACUGCAGCAUUCUUCCUGUGGACAACCUUCCUCAUCCUCUUCUUUUGGCUGUUGCUCUCUCUCCUUCUGGCGGUGCCUAAUGUGGCCUGGUGCAUGAUUGCCAGUGUGUGUGAACACGAGUUGGCAGGAGUCUACACCGGUCCCGGUGUUCGGAGGCCCGGCUUCCAUCAGAGCAACAUUCCGCUGCGACCCUUUUGGGAGGAACCUGGCUAUCGACCCCCUGAACGUCCACGCUAUGAUCCAGCCUAUGGGAGGCAAAGUCUACCCGUACCUCCACCUGCUGGAUUAUCUUUUGGUGGUGGAGUUCCACCGGUACUGGCCAAAGCAAAUGAAUCCCUCGUGGCGCAGUUUGGCAUUGGACGAAGCGAACCCUUCUACUAUGUCUUCAAUCUUACCUCCUAUGGGAUAUACAUUCAGCCUUGGAAAUACCCACCCAACUGGAACGUGCAGGAGACCAUAAAAACGCAGGCCAGAUUCAAAAUCUUCUGCUCCGCGAUUAAAACGGCUGGUUCCCUUUACGGCUGUGCACUGGGUGGAGCAAUACUGGUCGAUGUUGGUCUGUCACUCUUCAUGGUGGUGAUGUCAAGCUACAAGACCCUACUGAAACUUAUGAAAGCCUUGACAGACUACAAGCAGGCGGAGUCUUUACGGCGUUCUAAUGACAAUGUAGAGGCCCUCUAA